CACUGUCCUAAAAUGCGUUCCAGGCCAAUCAGGGAUCUGAGAGGGAGGGCAGCUGAAAGAUUCCCAGUCGCCUGCCUUUAAAAAUGUGCGCUCCGUUUGCCGUUGUUUCACAUGCUGCUUCAGGAGAAUGACGUGAGAAAGUUUGUGCCUCGUAAUGCAUGCGUACAGAGGCUGGAAUCACUGUCGGGGUUCCGCACGUGUGGGUGAAGGAAAUGACAUCGGCUGCUGGCUCUUCCUCUUCGGCUUGAUCAGAUGUACCCCAGGGAGAGGUUGCGAGGAAACUGACAACAACAACAGAAGAUCAGACAAAGCAAAAGAAAGACCAACUGAAGACAAACAGAACAGAGGAAGAAGAAAGACACCUUAGCAAAACAACAUCUGGAUAAACGCGAGAUUGAAGGACGAGGGACAAUUAGAAAAUAAGAAGAGGAGAAGUGUGGUUAAGCAUGAGAGAGGAUGAGCUGUCCAGAGAUGAGCACCCUAAAGGAAGGGUGGUUCCCAAAGAGAAGCUGGCAAGACCGCUUUCUAACGCCUGCCCUGUUGUUGUAGCCACGCCGGGCAUCACCGGGUGUAAACGUCCUUUGGGCUCACACACCGAGCAUCACCUGAUUCCACUCGCCCCCACCUCAACAGAAGACGGCGACAGGCUCAAACCCGGGGAUGACGUUCAGAUAUACACCCCAACGGGCCCCAAAAAACUCAAAAGGAGCCCCACGCAUCAUCCGCCUUCCUCCAGCCCCUGCCUUUCUCCCGUACCAGGUCACAGUCCCGGAGGACUCCCCACCCUGGAGGACCCACACGCCCAGCGGACCAUCGCCAACAUCCGCGAGCGCCAGCGGACGCAGUCGCUGAACGAGGCGUUCGCGUCGCUGCGCAAGAUCAUACCGACGCUUCCCUCGGACAAACUGAGCAAAAUUCAAACCCUCAAGCUGGCGUCCCGCUACAUUGACUUUCUGUACCAGGUCCUGCAGAGCAACGAGAUGGACAGCAAGCUGGCCGGGUGUAACUACCUGGCCCACGAGAGGCUGAGCUACGCCUUCUCUGUCUGGAGGAUGGAAGGGGCCUGGUCGACCAUGUCCGCUGGUCAGUAGCUGGGCCGGAAAGCUCAACGACGUUGGCAGGGAAGGAUUGAUACAAACCGAGCUCUUCUGUAAGGCCCAUUUGGCUGUACCUCUCGAUUGUUUUUGUGAAUCAAUCAGACUGAUGUAUCGUUGGAUUGUUGUUAUUUAAAUUUUUUAACUGAU